UUCUUGUUCCGCGGCGCUUCAGAGUACACCUGGAUUCCAAAAGCCACGCUGCGCUGCGCGCCAUCAGCAGCCAAUAGCAGCGCUCAUCAUGCGGAGUCGGAGGACAGUACAAGCGGGGCAGCAGGAGCCGAUCCAGGCAGAGGGGGAGGCAGUUGAGAGAGCCAGCGUUGUCCGCGGGUGGCGAUGGCGCAACCCCAAUCCCCCCCUUCCGCGCCGUCAUUCCCGAGCGCCAGAAGAGGUGGUGGCAGACCGCCUCGUGGGCAUCAAGUGGGCGGCAGCUGCUGUCCUUUUCCUCUUCUUCGGGUGCCCCAUCUUCCUCCCCGCACCCCCCACCGACUGCCAGUACCUCGCGCCCAUACUCCCCCCCUCCGCCUCCGCCUCUUCCCCCAGCACCCCUCCUCCUCCUUCCCCCCUGCACCGCUGCGCCAUGGGCUAUGCCGCCACUGCAGGGGUCGUGGGGGGCGGAAGACCGGGGGCAGCGCGGUACGUCGUGACAACAGCGGAUGACGCUGUCGAGGGCGCGCCUGAGGGGAGCCUGAGGUGGGGAUUGGCGAACCUUGGGGGAGGGAGCGGGGGAGGAGGGAAGGGGCAGGGGCUGUACGUCACGUUCAACCGGUCCAUGACGAUUCGGCUCAAGUCACGACUGUUCUUGGCGUCGCACACAACGAUUGAUGGGCGGGGCGUGCGAGUGCGGCUGCUGGGGAACGGGCUGGUGCUGCAGAACGUGAGCAACGUCAUCAUCCACAACAUUGAGAUUGGGAACCAGCCUGGGGAUCACGAUGUGCUUCCCAUCCGCAGCAGCCAGGUGGUGUGGAUCGACCACUGCCACGUGUACAAUGGCCACCGCGGCACUGUGGAUGUCGUGUACAACUCCACGGAUGUGACUAUAUCGAAUUGCCGUAUCCACAACCACCGCCUCACCAUGCUUUUGGGGGCAGACGACUCCCAUGAGUACGACCGCAACAUGCGCGUUACCGUGUAUCGGAACUGGUUUGAGAAAUCGGGGCAGCGCCAGCCGCAUUGCCGCUGGGGGCAGUGCCACGUGGCCAACAACCUGUACACAGACUGGGCUUUCUACUGCCUUGGCGGGAGAGUCUUCGCCAAGAUUCGGUCGGAGGCAAAUGUUUUUCGAGCAGGUCGGUCGCGGAAGGAGGUGACGCCAUGGUUUGGAGAAGCAAGCUUGACGACGCCUGGGUUUGACAACACGCCUACGAUUCUAUCGUAUGGUGAUUUGCUGUUGAACGGGGCGACCUUCCAUCAGUUCAAAGGGAAGGAGCCCAUGUUCUAUCCGCCUUACCAGCUGCCUCUCUAUGAUGCCUCGGCUCUCAUGGAGACCUACUUGAGGCAGAGUGCUGGCCCACAGUAUCCUUUCAGAUUUAUUAGGUCUUUCUUUGAUUGGGAUUCAUGAGCAGAAAUUCAAUCUACUCAGCACAAUUCACUUAAUCG